AUGUUAAGAAUUGCGAAUCAUGAUAUAGAAAAAACUGUUACCAAUAUACCUCAAGGUUAUGUUAACCUCUACGAAAGAUGUUGGUCUUUUGAACCAGAUCAACGCCCAGCACUAGAUGAAAUUUCAAUAGUUCUCGAAAAAUUAACGGAU